UGAAAAUGGCGGUUGUGUUGGUCAAAGUGGAUCGGAGCGUGCGUAAAUGAUAUUUCCGUAAAAUCUCCUCGUGGACGAGACAGAAACUCUCGAUUGCUUCGCCAUGGAAAGUGACGAUUCAGAAAGGCAGAAAAAACUGGAAGCAGGAAAGGAAAAGCUGAAGAUGUUCCAGAAGAAGAAAUCGGGAUCAGGGACGAAGAAAAAAAAGAAAAAAGAUAGGUCUUCAACGAGUGGUUCGGCGCGGAGUCCUUCACCUGGAGAGCGACGACGAAGAAGCACCUCGCAAGAUCGAGGCACGAAGCCUGCACAACCUGAAGCUGCAGUUGCUGCCGAAGAAAAAGUUCCCAAAAAUGAAGGAGAAGACAUGGAAGUGGAGGAAAUAAGCCAAGCAGACACGGAUAGAGAUGCGCCAUCUAUCGCUUCCGAAGUGGGCUCUCCAAUUCCUUUUGACGCGGAACAAGAGCAAAACUCGCAAUCGGGAAGCUUUGUCAGUGGGAGUGAGUAUACCAGCGGAGAUUAUUCUGAGGAAGGUGGAUUGGACAGUUAUGACAUUGCAAAUAUAGAACGAAAUGAAUUGAAGAACAAGGCACAAGAAUUGGAAGAAGAGCUUACUGCUAAAAAGGCAGCAUUGAAGCAGAUCAGUCGUGAAAAUGCUGAGUUAAAGGGAAGACUUGAACUAAUGUUGCAAGAUCAGUCUGGAGGCUCAGUAAUCAAGGACCUCAGCAGGCAAGUAGAAGAAAUGAGAGAAAGUUUACAGAUGAAGCAGUCCAUUCUUCAAGACAUAAACAAAGAAAAUCAGGAUCUUCGAGCCAAACUAGAACAAGGUGAACAGAGGGAAGGAAAGCCUGAUGGUGGGCAACUUGAAGAGUUGAAGGUUAAAAUGAACGCCCAGCAAAUGACUUUGGAUGGACUGAAUGAAAGAAAUAGGUUUCUUGAGGAUGAAAAUACAAGGUUAAAGAAACAGACGUCACAAGGUGGUGAUAUGCAAACAGACUUCUCAGAGUUGGAGAACUUGAAAGAGACCUUAAGUGCUAAAGAGGAAGUCUUAGUGAAACUUCAGCAAGAAAACAGUGAACUUGCUGCACGAUUGAAAUCAUUUGACGAAAGUGCCAGUGGAAAGGUGCAAGAAAGUUCUCACAAAGUGGACGAACUUUCUAAAAUGUUGUGGGAGAAAGAGAGUGAGAUUGGAAACUUGCAGUACUUGAAGUCACAACUUGAGGAGAGACUUGGAAGUUUACAAAAUGUCCAAAACGAACUUGAAGAGAGUAGAAGGCAAGUGACUGCACUUGAAGCUCAAAUGGAAAAUUUAAGGGUAGAAGAUCAAUCUUUUGAGGAGAAAUCUGAAGUGGAAAACCUCAGAGAGAACCUUCGACUCAAACAGGAAACAAUGGAACAGCUUAACAAGGAGAAUGAAGAACUGAAGGAGAGAUUAGAUGCCCAAGGGACAACAGAUGUAAAAGGACUUCUUGAGGAAAGCUACCAGAAACUCCAGGAGUUAAGCGAGGAAUCAAAAGCAAAGGAUGAACAGCUUGAAAAACUACAAACUCUUCAGUCAGAGUUUGAGAAGAGCCAAGAUGCAAACAAAGAGCUUGAACAGCAAGUUUCAUAUUUGAAACAUCAACUUGCCUUGGCAGAAGACAACUCACUUUCUGAAUCAUCUCAGAUGGAGAACUUGAGAGAAAACGUCAAACUUAAACAAGAAACAGUUCAGCAACUCAGCAAUGAAAAUGAGGAACUGCGAGCUAAGAUAGAAGAGUUGGAAAAAGGAAAUUAUGAUAUGGAAGACACGAGAGCUAAAGUUGAAGAUCUUUCAAAAGAGUUAGAAUCCAAGAAAGAUGAGUUGAGUCAUUUUGAAGAACUGCAAAAUGAAUUUCAAAGAAGCCAGGCCAGAUGCACUGAACUUGAACAAGAAGUCACCAGACUCCAGGGUGAGGUAGAAGCACUGGAGGACAACUCACAGUCUGAGUCAUCAUUGUUGGAAAAUUUGAAGGAAAACCUGAAAAUCAAGCAACAAACUGUUGAACAACUUGGCAAAGAUUACCAAGCAUUACAAGAGCAGCUGAUGGAGAGUAAGACAAGCUUGGAUGGACUGUCAGAGCAGCUCCUGAACAAGCAGAAUGAGUUGGACACAGUGAUAGGAGAGAGGGACAAGAAACUGAUGCAGCUGAUGGAUCAGUUUGCUGAGAAGGAUGAGGAACUUGAGGAUCUGAGGAAGAACGACGAGCAGAUGAAGUCACAAAUUCAACAGCUUGAAAGUGAUGUCUCCACGUACCGCACUCAAUCUGAACAACUUGCUGAUCGUUUGAGUGGGUCCCAGGACCAGUUGCUAGAGCUCCAAGAGGCCAUGGAAAGAAGAGAAGAGACUGUGAGAGAUUUGAUGACCAAGCUUUCAGAAAGUGAAAGUGAGCAGAUAAAUGCUAAGCAAGACGCUACCCUGGAAACUAAGGAGUUAACUGAACAGAUUAAGAUGCUUCAGGAGCAACUAGUACAGAGCGACAGUAGCCUCAAAACCCAACAAUCAGAAAUGAACAAGGCUUCCAAAGAACUGCAAGACACCAAAUCCUUGAUAGAAGAUCUUCAGAGCGAGAUAUCGGAGAAGGACAAUGUAAUCAUUGAAAUGUACAGUCUGAAGGAGAAAGACGAAGAAAACUACAAGGCUACUAUAGAUCAGAUCAACGAGGAGUUAAAAGAGAAAAUUAGAGCUCUUGAAAAAACAAGUCAAGAGCUGCAAGAGAAAAAUAGAAUACUUGAUCGAAUGAACGAAGAAAUUCAAGAGAAAAAUAGAACGCUUGAUCAAGUUAACGAGGAGCUGCUGGAAAAGACUAGAACGAUUGAUCAGCUAAACGCCGAUGUUGGAACUUUUAAAAGUGAGGUAGAAGAACACAAGGGUAAUGUGCAUCAAUUGGAGGAAAAGCUUCGUGAUGUUCAAGAGGUGAAUGCUGGUGAAAUUGAGAAACUCAGAGUAGAGCACCAAGAUGAGCUACAGGCCCUAAGUUCUAAACAUGUCGCCGAGUUUGAGAAUCUGAAACUAUCGAUGAGUGAGCAACUGGAAGAAUCGGGACUCGAGGUGGACAAAGUAAGGCAGGAACAGAUUGAGAAGCUGAAACAAAUCCACGAAAGUGAGCUGAACGUGCUGAAGGAAACUUCAGACAAGCAGAUCGCGUUCAAUCAUAACUUGGAACAACAGAUGAAAAAGAUGAAAGAAGACUUUGACAAUGAUCUAGCUCGGGCGAGAGAUGUCGUUGCUCAGAAAGAUGCAGUUGUAGAAGAUCUGAAAGAACAGUUGAAAGACAUGAAAACUUCAAGUGCAAGUGAAAUUAGCGAGCUGAAGAACGAGUUAAAGAAAAAACAAAAGGAAAUUGCUGAACUAGAAGACAACUUGUCGAGCUUUGAGGAAGAACACAGCAGCGACGUUGCGCAGUAUGAACAAUCCAUGCAAAAACAACAAGAACAAACAGCCGAGCUGGAGAAACAGUUGGUGUUAGAGCUUGGCAAUGAAUCUGCGAAGUACGAGCAAAAGCUUGCCGAAACGAAAGCUCACCUUGAAGCUCAAUAUAAGAAAGCGAUUCAAGAGCUAGUGCAGCGAGUGAAGGAUUUAGAAUCGGAGAACGAAACACUGCAAUCGACGCACGGACAGGAAAUGGAGGUGUUCAGAGAGAAUCUUGCUCAGUACACUAGCAACUUAGAGGAACAGAUGCGAGAAUUACAAUCGGGAGCUCAGGAGGAACACGAGAGCGAAAUGAAAGCACUUCAGGCAGAACACCUUGGGGCGACGAAAAAAUUGGAGAGAAAAGUCAAGACGUUGUCUGAGGAGAAAGAAGCUUUGGAGACGAAGAUAAGAAGUUUUAGUGGUGAAGAAGGAGGUGGAGAUUCAGUGGGACAGAGUGAAGAGGUUGCAAGACUGAAGGAAGAUUACGAGGGCCAGAUACUAACGUUAAAAGAGCAUGCACAGAAUGAAAGAGAAAGAUUAGAGAAAGAGGCCGUCGAUGCGGUUAGCAACAAAGAAAAAGAAUUUAUGGAGGUGCUUGAGAAAGUCCUUGAGAAGCAUCAACAAGAAGUGGCAGAUUUAAGGAGUUACUACGAGCAGCAGUUGUCAGACACUGGUGAAGGACGUCUGUCGUUUGGAGAAGAAGAUGACCCGCUGGUGAUCUCCACGCAGCUGAAGCAGGAGAAGGAGAGAGAAAUCUCACGGCUGAAGAAACAGUUCCUACAAGAAAGCGAAGAAAGGAUCGCAUCCGCGCAAGAAGCGUUGCUGUAUAAAGUUGCAAAGGAAGAAGAGGAGAAUACCCGAUUACGAAACAAGUUGGCAAACAAGGACCAGGAAAUUUCUGAGGUAACUAGCGAGCGGGACAGGCUUCUGAAUGAGAUUCAGGUGCUGACAGAUACUCAUAGGGUGCUUGAACAGAUGACGGCCCCAUUGGAGCCAAGUCUCAGCCCUGUCUCCAGUCAGGUUGUGCAAGAGGAACCACUGUUUGUACAAGAAUCUGCCGAUACUCUGGAGGUUUUACCCGGUGCUGGAUUUAACGAAGGUUCUGUCUCAAAGCAAUCUGAUCUAACAACAAAACUCAACCAGAUGCAAGAGUUGGUCCGACAGAAAAACAUGGUCGAAGUUAAACUAAGCCAGCAACUGCAGGAGACAAAGAAAGAGCUCGAUAAGGAAAGAGAAAAUUACAGAGCUGAGAUGCAGGAGAGAGAGGCCCGUGAACGCGCGCUGGAACUCAGUAAAAGACAGCUUGAGGAGCAAUUGACCGCAAUGGACAGAGAGAACUAUGAGUCCCUUCAGGAGUUGAACUUGUUGCAAGAGAGACUUCAGGAGAGAAUUCGAGUCGAAGGUGAGCUAAGAGAAGAAAAGAACAAGCUGCUGAAUGUGAUCAAGGAGAAGGACGCCGAAUUGGCGAAGGAGAGGGGAGAACUGACGGAAAGACUGCAACAACACGAGCAAGUAAUUGAGGAGUUGCGCGACAGGAUCUCAACGUCGGACUCAGUCUCUGAUGAUGUGCAGGACGCGUUCGGUCGUCAGUUACUCGUGCUUCAGAGUCAAAGAGAUUCGCUGUUACAGCAGCUUGAACAACAAAAGAAAGACCGCAACUCUUAUGUGGACGUGCUGGAGGAGAAGAACGCUUUAGAAGAUAGUUUAAGACUUGAACGAGAACGACUAUCUGAGAAACUUCGCCAGAAGGAAGUUUUGGAGCGAGAACUGAGUCGUGAGAGAGCUGCCCUACAAGAACAGUUGAUCAAGCAAGCCAAACUAAACGAGAUCAUCAGGCAGAAAGAUCUGUUUGAGAAAGAACUUAGGAAGGAAAAGAACGAACUUCAGAUUGAACUGGAAGCUAUUGAGUCAAAACUGCUCGAUAAAGAAGAGCUGCUCUUACACGAGAAAGAACGCCUCGAGGAGGAAAUGAGACAAAAAGAGCAACAACUGCAGGAAUGGGAACACGAAUUCCAUCAGAAAGAGAUGGAAUUCUUGUCCAAAGAGGAAUACAUCAGAGAGCAGUACAACAAAAAUCUGUUAGAGACCCGCUCGGACUUAGAGAACCAGUACUCCGCCUCGAUGCAACAGUUGCGGACCGAUUUGGACGAGGAUUACCAGCAGCAGUUGAGGAGACUGGAAGCUAGCUUGAACGAUCAUUAUGGCGGCGAGAUUGGUCAGCUCAAAGCCUUGCAUCAGGAACAGAUGACACGGAUGAAUUCUGAGUUUGAGCAAAAACUCUGGGAGCUCAAGAACGAACUGGAAUCGCAGCGUCUUCAGCAAGUUGGAACUAUGAAGAAUGUGCUGGAGAGACAACACUCGAAGGACAUGUUGGAGAUUGACGACGUUCAUCAGCAACAAAUGGAAGAACUGAGGGAAGAUCUUGACCAGCGACACCAAGAGGUUAUGGGAGCUGUUCAGUUGCAACUAGAAACUUCGCAUCACGACGAGUUGAACGAACUCACCGCCAGUUUCCUGGCUGAGACUGCUAUCAAGGUCGAGACUGCCCGUUUGGAGACUGAGCACGAUUGGCAACAAAAACUAGACGAAAUGAAAGAAAAACACGCGCUGGAAGUAGAUGCAAUAACUGAAAAGAUGACACAACUUGAGAAAGACAUGGAUGAACUCAAGGAGAAGCAUGAAUACGAACUGAGCGAAAAACUGUCCAAACAGGCAGAGCAAUUUGAACAAAAACUAGAAAAGGAAGUACUAGGAAUCACGGAAAAACACCAGGAAGACUUUGAGAAUGAAUUACAGCAAAGCCUAAUUGCUACAGAUGAAAAACACCAGAGCGAGUUGAACGGAUUGCGAAAUGAACUUAUGGAAGAGUUCCGAGAAAAACUUGAAGAAAUGGAACAAACUCUUGGAGAACAACAUGCACAGGAGUUGGAGGAGCUACGGGAAGAGCUUGAAAAGGAAAGAUCCGAAGUUACAAAUGCAGCUUUGGAUGAUCUGGGAAGAAGACACGCUGAGGAAAUAGAGUUUAUGAGGAACGAACAAGCACAGCUGCUUGAACAGGCUGCAGAGGCAAGACGGCGUUUGGAGAAGAUUCACGAGGAGGAGAUCCAAGAGAUCAACGAACAAGUCAAACGCGAACAUGAAAAGUUGUCACGGAUGAGAGAGGACUUAGAAGGAACCUACGAUGACACUGCUAAAGAGCAUGCGCAACAGCUGGAAAACGCGCGGGCGCAGCUGGAGCAGCAGCGGAGUGAGCUGAAGGCGACGCACUUGUCGGAGCUGCAGAAUUUGAAGGCCGAGUUCGAGAGGCGGUUAGUUGAAGCUGAUCAGAAGCACGCCGAAGAGGUAGAGAAGCUCAGAUCGCAGUUGGAGCAGGAGAAGAUGGAGAGAGAGUUAGAGCAUGUAAGGGAACUGGAAAAACUUGCGGAAGAUAUGGAGAGAAGAUACAUCUCCAAGGAACAACAGCAUGCUAGAGAAAUUGGUGAACUGCAAACUGAAUUGCUCAAAGUCAAGACAGACAUGGACGAGAAACAGUUUUCUGAGCUAGAAAGUACCAUGAAAGAUCUCGGUGGAAAAUACGAAGAAAACCUUCAAAAGAUUGUGAGAGAUCUUCAGGAUAAACAAGAGCAAGAAAUUGAAAGUCUAAAACUUGAUUUUGAAAAGAUUAAGGAAAAAGAACUUGAAGCGUGCAGAGAAGAGUUGAAAGAACAACAUGAAGAUGAAAUACGAUCGCUUAGGUCACGCCAUGAGAUUGAACUUGAAGAUUUAAGGGGGCAGUUCCAAGAGGAGAAGAUGAAGGAUUUUGCGAAAAUGAGCGCCAAAAUGGCCUUGAAAAAUGCACAGGCUUUGGAAAAGAUGCGACUUAAUCUGAGCGAAACACACGAGAAAGAUAUGGAGGAACUGAGAAUGGAAGGUCAGAAAGACUACGAGAGAACUGCUCUGAGGUUAUCCUCUCAAAUAGAAGGGAUGGAAAUUGAACAUCGUAAGGCACUACGGCAAUUGAAAAUGGACCUGAACGAAAAGCAUGAAAAGGAAAUGGAGGAUUUACGACGAGAGGUGAGCAGCAAAGAGGAGCUUUUGAUAGAUUUGAAUGAGAGCCAUGAAAAGGAAGUAAACGAUCUAAAACGUAGACAGUUCAGUGAUUUGUUAGAUGAGGUAUCUAGUGUAAGAGCAGAGCUUGCUUUGGAAGCAGUUCAGAAAGUGGAAGAAGCUAAGUUGGAGAUGGUUGAAGAUAGCUCCAGGAAGGACGAUACUAUUCAAGAUUACGAGGAAAAAAUACAUCAAAUUCUCGAGCAACAUGAAAAGCAGGUCAAAGACUUGAGCGAAGAAUAUGAAUCGCAGCUCAAAGACCUCAAAGAAGAAUUAGAACUCUCCAAACAAUGGAUGUCCAAAGGCGUGAGCAACGAGGAAGAAUUGUUCGCACAGUAUGAAGCAAAAAUUCAAGACAUAAAGCAGCACUAUGAGAAGGAAAUUGAAUUUUUGAAGGAAAACAGCUUAUCUAAGGAUGACAGUGAAGGUGGCGACAGUGAAAAAUACUCGUUAGAGGAGUUGGAAAAUUGUCGAAAGGAAAUCGAUGAGUUAGCAGCGAGGCUUGAAACUGAGAGAGAACAAUUUAAAGACAUAUACAAUAAUACAAAAACUGCACAAGAAACAGAGCUUGUGUCUUUAAGGAGAGAGCUGGAAGCUAAACAUCAGCAAGAGCUAAAAGAAACGAAGGAGCUUUUUGCCGAAAAUGUUGAAGCUUUGAAGGAAGAACUCCUUGUCGCUUCAGACGAGGCAAAAUUGCAACUUAUCGCAGAGGAACUUGAGAAGAAGCAUCAGAUAGAACUUGACGCUCUGAAAGAACGACUUAGUGCCGAGCAUCAAAAUGAAAUGGAAACCUUCAAAGUACAGAUGAGUGAAGAGGUUGAAGCUCUCAGGGAACAGAUUCUUGACUCGUCCGAACAAGAAAGGUUUGACGUUUUGAAGGAUGAUUUGGAAAGGGAACAUGAAAACGAACUAAAGGCCUUACGUGAGCAGCUCGAGAGAGAAAACGAAGAGGAGAUAGCAAAGCUUAAAGAGGCUUUUGCGCAAGCUUUAGACGCUGUGCAAGCUGAGGAGAAAGCCAAAGGUGAAAUACAACCGUAUUCUCAAGAGAAAUUUGAUGAACAACUUGACGAAGUCAAGCGGCAACUCGAAGCGGAACAUUUGCAAGAAAUGGAAAAACUCAAAGAGGAUAUGUUACAUGAAGUGAAAACCCUUCAGGAACAGGUUCAGUUAGCUGCUGAUAAUGAGGUGGAAGCCACGAGGGCUCGUUUGGAGGAAGAGAAAGACAAGAUAAAAAAUAGAUUAGACGAAAAAAUGGCCGAAGAGAGAUCGCAACUUGAAGCAGAACACCAAGCUGCCAUGGCGCAAGCUCGACAGGAACAGGAAGCCCAACAUCUGAGCGAACUCGAUGCUCAACAGCAAAAACACGAUGCUGAGAUGAAAGCAUUGCAGUUGAGAUUCAACGAAGAGCUGGCCACCGAGAGAGCCCAGCUGGAAGAGGAGAAAAACGCUGAUAUGGCACGGUUAGAAGAAGCACUCAGCGGUAACCUCAGCCAACAACAAGAGUUACAGCUACAGAUGUUAAAGGAGCAGCAUGAUCGUGAACUCGAGGCUGUACGAGAAGAACUGGUUCGAACUCACAUGGAAAAGUUCACCGAGAUGACUGCUCGGUUAGAGUCUGAACACGAGGCGGAUCUGGAAAAAAUGAGAGAAUUUACACGCGCUGAGAUGUCUGAGAAAUUCCAAACUGAACUGGAAGAGGCCAAAGAAGUGGCUCGUUAUGAACUUGAACAAGAACAUUUGGAAAACCUCCGACAGCUCGAGGCAAGCCUGGGACAGAAUCACGCAGAACAGCUUCGCGGAUUGGCUGAACUACAACAGAAACACGUAGAUGAAAUUCACAACCUCAAGGCUACACACGUGACGGAAAUCGAACGACUUAAAAAGGAGGUCGCCCAAGCAUACAACGAUCAGCUUUCCGCGGUAAGUUUGGACGCCGAGAGAGAAGUUUCCCAAGUGAAGGAGGAAUUAGACGAAGCUCACAGCAAGGAGAUUGACGCGUUCAAAGACGCGCUUGAACGUGAAAAGUCUCGCGUACUUGCGCUUGAGGCGGUACAGGCCAGCAUUCAGGCGGCCCAUCAUGACAUCGUGCAACGGAUGCAGGAGAACUUUGACAAGGAGAUGGGGAAUGUGAGGAGUAAUGUAGACUCUGCACAUGGAGAGCAGGUACAAGAGCUACAGAGCUUGUUGGAGGAGAGACACAAAAUGGAGCUGGACCGUGUCAAAUCCGAUCUCGCCGCUGCUGAAGGAAGAGCUGCUGCUAUAGAAGCUGAACAGGCCAAAGGUCUUGAGGAAGUCGAGGAGCAAUUCCGUAAAGAAGUGGAAGUACUACAAGAGUACCUGAAUUCCCAAGAGAAAGAAUUUAUAGCAGAAAUUGAUAGGACUAAGGAUGAGAACGAAAAGCUGUUGAACAAGCUGCAGGAGAAACAGUCUCUGAUUAAGGAGAUGGAGGCUGAACAGGUUCGUCUUCAAAAUGAUCUUCAGCGUCAGUCAGACAACUAUAACUUGAUUUUAACACGUCGAGACAGAGAACACCAAGAGGAAGAUAAUCUCGUCACCAUGCUUCGCUCUGAUGUGGAGAGACUAGCUGCCGAGAGGGAUGCGUUGCAGCGAGCAAACGAGCGCCUGUUAAAGCUUCUUUCAGACGUGGUGAAACAGGCGGCUUCUACCGAGGAGACGAUAAACAAACAGCUUGAAGACCUGAUACAGGAGACAAGCCAAAAUGAAGAACAACUUACACAAUGGCCCUUACAUGAAUUGGAGUCCGGUACAGUAAAUGAGUCACAGAUCCCACCAGACUCUAUUCGUCGCCCGCAAAGCUCGCUUCCUGCCGGGCUACUGACGUCAACGCCUGCUGCGGGACCCAGUGCCCCUGCGGUCAACUUUGCGACACCAACCGGAGGCGCUACCGCUGACCUGUCCGAGUCAGAAGAUGCAACGCUGACCAGUAAGACUGACUUGUCACUUCUCAGUGAUGAAGGAUUGGAACUGUCACAGCGACAAACGGACACAAUCUUCCAAGGGCCGAGCUUGGAUGAACAAGCUGAGGAACUUGUGAUAGAUUCUGGGGUUCGGCUCAGAUCUGCUGCGCAAAAACUGCUCGAAGUUGUUGCCACGAUGACCAAACAGUGGAAUCAAGCGCGCAUGGCGCAGAAAGAGCUUCUUAAUGCUACGUCUCAACGAAACGAGGAGCUCGAACAAGUAAUGGCAGCCCAAGAGAAUCUAAUGGCGAGGUUGAAAGAGGAACUGGAGGAAAAAGAACGCCUGGCAAACGAACUGAAUAAAGCGAAUGAACACAUGGAAGAAAUGGCGGCUGAAAACGACAGACUACAAGGUGAAGCCACAGAUAACGUGAACAAAGAGAACGAGGAAAUGAAAAAAGAAAACGAAGAGUUGAAAUCAAAAGUCGAGGCUGCCGAGAAGGAGUUAAAAGAAGUAAAAGAUCGUGAACAGGAGCUGGAAGAGGUAAGACGAGUUCUUGUGUCUGAAGUGGAAGCUCUUCGAGAAGAAGGAAGGCUUCGCCUGGCGCAGGAAGUGGCGGAAAAGAAUAUUGAGGAAGAAGAACACUCGAAGGAGUUGAAAACGUUAAUUAAGGCCAGAGAUGAAUUGGCGGAAGAGUUAGAAACCUUGAAGGAAUCCGGCGACGAGCUCUUGGAAGAGAAUGAUGCACUGAAGGCUGCGGUAGAGCAACUGGCCAAAGAGAAGAAAGAUCUGGAGGAAAAGGUGGUGCGGGUAGAGGCGCAGAAACUCGAUGAACUUGAUGGCCCGGAGGAACUCAAAGCUAACGUGAAGGAAUUGAGUGAGGUUUCUCAGCGACUUAAAGAAGAAAACUCUGAAUUGGAGGCAAAAGUUGCUUCUCUAGAGAAAGAAGCGAAUCGGUCUCAAAUGACGGGUUCUGAGGCUCAAGUUAUUCAAGAGAAUGAUCAUUUGAAGAAGGAAGUCGAAAAAUUACAGGAGGAUAUUGGCGAGUUACAGGAAGAAAACGAAAAGCUGAAGGACGCCAUUGAACAAUUCAGGGAGGCAGUACAGCAGCUGUGGGACGAAAAAGAAGAAUUGAGUAUCGAGCUGUCCAAGGCGAGAGGAGAAGACACCUUGGAGUUUGACGAGCUCCAGCAGCUGAGAUUGCAGACCAAAGAACUGACGGGACAGAAUGAAGAGCUUACGGAGAAGCUUAAAAACGCUGAGUUGGAGCAAGAAAAGAAACGAGAACUGCUCCAGAAGGCGCAGGUUCACCUCGAGAAGAUUCCUGAGUUAGAAGCCGAGGCAAAGGAACAGAAUGAACUCGUGAAUCAGUUGAUGCAGGAACAGCUGCGAAAUAAGGAAGAGAUCGAGAAACUUCAACGCGCUGCGUCCUUGCAGAAGGAGGUACCCUUGAUACAGGUUACGACUGUAGAAACUGUUGAGGGAGGUAUUCAUGGCGAAGAAUUAUGGGGAGUUGAUGAUAAAACAGACGGCGGAGAUUCCAAACAAGACGAGGAAACCGUUCAAGAAUUAAAGGCAAAAGUUAACGAUCUUGAACAACAGGUUGAAAACUAUAAAAAGGUAUUGGAAGAAAGUAUUCAGGAGCCGGAAGCAAAUAAGCUUAUGGAACUCGUUGAACAGGUUCGCUCUGAGCGGGAAGACUUAGCUAGCAAGUGCAAGGAACUGGAAGGGAAAGUGAACGAGGAGGGACAAUCUAAGGAAGAUAUGCAGGCUGCUAUUGAAGAGCUGGGAACACGCUUGAAGGAGUUAGAACAGAGUAACUUAGAGUUAGAGAGGGAACUGAGUGUUAAAACGCAAUCUGAGAUCGACUCGUUGGUGCAGAUUAAGGAUCUGCAAGAUGAACUGACCAAAGCUCUGGAAGCUUUUAAGGAAUUAGAGGAAUUGAAAGAUAAAUUGCAAGAGGAUUUGGAAACCAGCGAGGAGACUCAGAAGGACCUGGAGCGAGAGAAGGUGACCAUGCAGAAACAGCUCAAUGAUGGAUUUCUCCAGAUCUCUGCACUGAAGGAGCAGCUCAAUCGGACAAAGCACGAGGGUGGAGCAGAACGCGACGAAACCCCAACCCCUGUCCGAAUGCUCCGAGAUGAACGCGAAGCGUACGAUCGUAAAGACGAAGAAUCUCGAGCGUUAGCCGAGCAAUUAGACACGUUCAAAGAGGCUCUUGACAAGAAAGAAGACGAAUUGAAAAACCUGGCGGAGCAAAUGGAAGAAAUGAAUCUGAUGAUGGAAGAACAGCAGAAACUGUUGGAAGAUCAGCACAGCAAACUAAAGGAACAAGAAAAUUUGAUAAAUGAGCGCGAGGACCGCACGAAAGAAUUGGAAAAACUAUUGCAAGAGAGCAAAGAAGGGGUGGAAGAUAAGGAAGAGUUUGACAAAGCGCUCAAAGGGAGCCAAGAUGCUUUGGUCCAACAACAAAAGGUCAUUGAAGAGCUCGAAAGUAAAAUAAAUGCCAUGGAGCAGUUGACAGCUGAGAACGGAGAAAAGUUAAGAAAUGCAGAAGAACAGUUGGCUUCUAAAGAAGAAGAGAUGAGGCUUCAGGGAGAACAACUUGCCACGAAAGGAGAAGAAAUCAAAUUGUUGCAGGACGAAUUAAAUCGAGAGAAAACUGUGAAGGAAGAGAGAGAUUCUGAAGCAGAAACCCUUCUAGCCAAGCAGUUAGAGGCGAUGAGUCAAAAAUUAAAUCAAUCGCAAGAGAUCGUGCGAGCCAAAGAGCAAGAAAAAGAACAGAUUCGUAAAAAUCUUCUGGCUGAGUCGCGCCAGUUGGCAGCUCUCCGAGCAGAGAUGGACCAAUUACGUGAAAAAUUCAAAUCUCAAGAGGACAGUCACGCGUCUGUAAUCACUGACUUACAAAAAACGCACAGAGAUGAAGUCAACGCCCUUAAAGCGGAGCUGACAAGGGGGGUACCCACGGGAGCUGAAGAUACUUUGAGUCCAAGUCAACAGCUUGUCUUUGAGCAGAAACUAAAAGGUGUUGAGGAAAACCUCAAACGGCAAUACGAGAAUCAGCUGGUGGCUGUGAAAGAGAACGAGGAGCAGAGACGACAACGGGAUAUAAAACAAGUGAAGGCUGAGCUAGAGAUGGACAACUUGACAAAACUGAACAAUCUGCGGAAAGAUCUGCUCACCACACAUAAUGACCAGGUGAACAGAAUGCGACAGGAUCAUCAACGAGAGAUAGAGCGUUUGAUGACUAUAUCAGGCAUCGAAUCUGCGUCACCAGAGAUGCGCGUGCGUCUUAACUCGGCGUUGGAUGAGAACGAGCGACUGGACAAUGAACUUGUUGGACAGCUCGUACGGCAGGCUCGCGUUAAGUCAGCAACUACUUCACCUCUAAAAUCCCGAAACACUAUCGAAGGUCUCCUCGACAAUCUUCAUACCGAGGCUGAGACCAUCCAAUCACUUGUCAGUGCAGUAUCUCCGUCACCUCAAGACCGAUCACUAGCAAGCUCGGAUGUAACGGUUUUACAGUCUUCUUGGUCAGCGGAGAAACAGGCGUUACUUGAAGCUGUCCAGUCUUUAAAAAAUCUAGUGGCGCAAACUCGAAAGGCUUCCACGCCCUCCAAACUUCACGAGGAAGCUGAUUGGCGGGCAGAUUUGUUAAACGCCGUGCAAAAGGUAUUCGAGAAAGACAGGGAUGUCAUUGUGGCAGAGCUCAGGACCUCACAGAUUACUAACGGUCAUGACUCUCCCGGGGCCAGAUUACUGCGGGAUCAGAUACACGCACAGGAUGAACUUACGAGUCGUGUUAUGGAACACCUCCGUACAAAGGAUCGUGAUUCUUUGCUAGCUGAGAUUCACGAGCUUCGUAAGACCUCUACGAAACCGUCGAAGGAGCAGGGAAAUCUCGUGGAACAGCUGCAUGUUGAGUUAGAGGAAGCUAAAAAGCGAGAGAGAGACGUCAGGGCACAGGUACUGCUUAAAGGACAGCAGGUGGAUCACGUGAAAAAUGAUCUCACCAACUUGCUAACGAGGGAGAGGUCCUUAGUGGCUGACUUGAAGGAAGCCCUGGCGAAAGAGAAAAGUCGAAUCACAGAACUAGGAGCCACCCUAGAGAAGGAACGGGUCCAGGUCAUGUCCCUUAAAACAAGUCUUGAAGCUGAGAGAGUGCGUCAUUCAAACCAAACGCAAGCGUUAGAACUCGAAAGAGCAAACACUAAAAAGUACCAAGAUGCGGUCGAAAGCGAACGGCAGCGAGGCAAACAAGAUAACAACCGACUGAUGGAGAACAUUGAGGCUCUCCGCCGACAGCUGUCAGCAAAUAAACAAGAAAAGGUAGAGUUGGAAGUGCAGCUGGAGAGAGAAAGAAUUGCCAUUUCUACUUUGGAGUCUGAAUUGGAAACAGAGAAGGCAUUACAAGUAGAGGCUCUAGAGCGUAAUCGUGAGACAAUCGAUGAGUUGACUGCGGCUUUGAAAGAUGAACAAUCUCGAGCAGAACACGUUCAGUUGGCCUUGACGAACGAGAAACGUCAAACAGAGGCGCUGAGACACUCAAAGGAGCGCGCAGAUCAGCUGCGAAACACCAAUAAAGAGCUACAAGCGGCGUUGAAUGCCGCCCGAGAGAGGUCUGUCGAACUAAGUACUUCUCUUGAAGAUGAGAAAAAUCAUAGCGCGUUCCUUGAAGUGUCUCUGGAAAACGAGAAAGACAAGAACGACGAAUCUGUUAAGACAGAGAAAAUAGUCGCUCACCAGUUAAAGGGAGCUCUAGAUGUUGUUCAGAAACAAUUGGUUGAACUGACAAGCACGCUGGAAGAAGAACGAAUCCGGGCACGAAGGCUCCAGAAUGAGAGAGAUGUUCAACAAGCUACUGCCAUGAGUCACAAGGAAAGAGAACGCCAUCUACAGAAAGAUCUGGAAAACGAAAAGAAAAAGCGAGCUCAACUCGAACAGAAACUGGGGAACGAGAGAGAAAAGAACGCAGAUCUCAACAGAGAUUUGACGGAGAGGGAUAAAAAACUGGGCGAGUUACAACAAGAUCUGGAUAGCCAGGCAUUAAAACAGUCAGAAAAGGAGGCUUCUCUGUACCCGCUUCGUAUGAGACUCCUUCUUCAUCAACAACAAUUGGAGUCUAUGAGACAACAACACCAGGUGCUGAUCAAUAAACAUCAGAAUUCUGUUGACUCUGCUUCAACCAGGGGUAACAAGGAGGUGGAAGAAGUGAAAAGAUCACUUGCCAAUCUUCUGAAAGAACUUGAGCAGAUAAGAUCAACACUCACUGUGCAUAUAGACGACGACCAGACAGUGCCAUUAUCGCCCAUUAAAGCGGCUGCACAAGAGAGGAUCGUGCGUCAAAACACAGAACUGGCAGAAUUUGUCUCCAAGUUAAACGAGGAAAAGAAGGAAUUGAGAAAUGCUUUAGCUAAUUUAGAAGAACAAAUUGCGCAGUAUAGACAGCGGGAUAGAGCAAAUGAACAGAAUUCACGCCUUACAAAGGAGCAUGCCGACUCUGUGCUGAACGCUGAGCGUGAAGUGUGGGCUCAGGAAAAAGCUCGAUCUCAGCAGGCCUUGAGGUCAGCUGAAGCAGAGCUGGCUCGUUUGAGAGAAGAAAUCAGUAAAGACACUGGUACGCCGCGCAUACCACUCAGCAGCCGUGAAUCAGAUACCGACGAGAUCACGUGGCCACGUUCUAAGCUCCUAAAGCUUUAUAAACGAUUUAUCAAGGCUGAGAGCUUUCGGAAAGCUCUUGUGUAUCAAAAGAAAUAUCUUCUGUUGCUUCUGGGAGGCUUUGAAGAGUGCGAGUCUACUACGCUGGCCAUGAUCGCUCAGAUGGGAGCUUACCCCAAGGAUCGUGACCGCUCCUUCAGACGGACAGCAAUCAGCAGAUUCCGCACUGCCGGGCGCGCUGUCCUCGCAAUCCAACGCAUGAACUUUUUGGUGAACAAAUCGAAACGUGUUACCAUCACGGGAUCACGCGAUACGCGUGAGAACACGAGUAGAUCACGUAUGGUCAACGGAGACUUAAACAGUCACGAUCACUCUGUUUACCAGGCCCCUAGUCAAACCUACGCACCUCGGUCGACUGAGGAAAGGCCCGGUAGUGUUAAUGGCGUCCAUGUUGCGCCAACAUUGCAUUCGUAUCAGCCCAAUGGUGUUCCUUCGUAUGCUAACAGAUAUUCGCCGCGAAGUGACCGGAGAACUCGCGACAAACAUCAAACAGGAAUAAAUGGGCAUGUAGACUUCAGAAGUCAUACCAUGCCACCCACGAGUGCGUCAUCGAAUGAGAGACUCAGUGGAGGAGUUAUGUCUGGUAAAGACGGGCCUUUGUCGCACAGAAGUCAUGUCACGUCACCAAGCAGAUCAUCUAGAACUUUCUCCCCAACAUCCUGGUCGGAUACCCGCUCGACGUCGGCGCCGCUCGCUCGAGAACCGACCACGACCGAUUACACCCGAACUUUAAAAUCGCCACCGGUUAGGGACUCUGUAACUACACAGAGAGAUUACAGUCAUCGAGAUCGUUUAGAGUCUUCACCUCGGCAUUCUUCGCCUCGUCGCGGAGAAAGAUCGGGUUUACUGGACUUCCACAAUCACCACGAUCGUCCACUUUCACCGUCUAGAGCAUCUUCGUUGGGAUCGGCUCAUAACGACAGUGAUAGUGGUGAUCACUCGCUGAAUUUGUACAUCCAUAGAUUGGAGUCCUUACAGAACAGACUUGGGGCCUUUGACAGAGGUACCACAACUAGUUAUCAACCAAGAAGCAGACGGUAUUGAGUCAACAUUUCACUUCAUCUUUAGCUCGAAAAUAUCACUUCAUUUCCGCUCUCUGUAAGAUAGAACUGCUGUUGGAAUUCGCCAUCGUCCAGAGACUUCAUCAUUAACAUACUAAACAUUUAUACAUCCAUGUCCCUUGAAAAAGACAUUUUGGAAUUCUCUACAUACAAAUUGUACGUGUAAAUCUAAAGGAAGUGGUAAUUUAAAGAAAAAAAUUAAACAAACAAACCUUGGUAUGAAAUAAACCCUAUCACUCCCAAGAUCUUAUAAGUGAUUCUCCUUUCUCUCUCCAUUACAAUUCUUAAUGUUAAUUGGGAGAAUUUGAUUUUCGAUCAACUAAAAAUCCCCCAAUUGAUAUUUUUUCUUUAUUUUCGUUUCUUGUCUCCUUGAUAUUGUAUUGAUCUUUUAAGGUAAAAUUCAGUCUUGGUCACUAUCCGAGUUAGACGGUGAUUGGGGAAAGAAUAACAAGUUUUUAAAAUCUGAAUGAAAUCUGACGACAUCAAUUUCACGAUUACGUCAUAGUUUCCUCAAUAAGAAGUUUCUAAAAAGACUACAAUUCAAAAUGGUUUUUGAGAUUUUACACUUACGUACUCAGAUGCUGUUUUGGAGAGGGCCUGUAAGGUAGAUUUUGAAGUAACUUUUAGCCUUUUGGAACUGAGCAGUCAUACUCGUCCCCAGAUCACUGAACACCAUUUGUGGCCUCGCGCACCCUGAGGCGAGUUCGGACAUGGCUUAGAUGAGUUAGCUGUAGUUGAUCAAAGUAUUUAUCCAGAUAGAGAGAUAUUUAAUGCUCCACGUUAUUUAUAUAUAAAUGUACUAUAUAAGGCAAAGUAAGAAAAUAUUUUUAAUUUUUGUUUUUGGUUCAUAGUCGUUAUUUUUUGUUACAUUUGAUAGUUUUUGUAGUGUAUGGCAUAUUUUUGUAUAAGUGGAAGUUGCGAGAUGACCUACGACGCUAAAUUGUUAAAUUUUAAGACACUGCUAAGUGCAAAAUUAAAUAAUACAACGCUGUGAAAA